AGCAAUGGCUCUGCUGAAGGUUCUCCUGCUGCUACUGGGGCUGGGUGUUGCAGUGAGCUCAGCGUCUCUGCAGAAGAGAGUCAUUGGAGGUCAGAACUGUAGAGAUGAUGAGCGACACUAUCAUGUGAUGGUCUAUAGACAUAAUUAUAUAGACGAAAAAUUUUGUGGAGGAUCUCUGAUCAGUGAUCAGUGGGUUCUCACUGCAGCUCACUGCUGGGAGUACGCUCCAGGAUGGUUUAAUGAGGUACAUGUAGGAGUUCAUCCUAAAAGUGCUACAAAGUUGAUUUAUACAAUCGCUCAACCUGAGAUAUAUAGAGACAGCAACGGUCGUGAACAUGACAUCAUGCUUCUGAAGUUGCAGAGCAAAACAACAAUCCAACCAAUCAGACUGCCUGACUGUCCAGAUACUCUUCUACUCGGCACCAAGGUUCAGUUUGCAGGUUAUGGAUCAACACAAGUUGGCUUUUUUAACAAAAGAAUCUCACAUCGCCCAGAUGAUCUUCAGUGCGCAGAGUUUAAGAUUGCUAAACAUGAAAAGUUGGAAAAGAUACUGGCAAAAGACCAGGACUUUAGGUACCGUUUCCAGAAAUGGUACAGUGUGAGAAGCUCCAAGAAGGACAUGUCUCGCGGCGACUCUGGUGGAGGAAUUGUGUUCAAGAACAGGCUGUAUGGCGUUUGUGUUUUCACUGGAGAUGCAUUGUAUGCACUCAAUGCACCAACUGCUUUCAUGGACGUCUGUGCCUAUAAGCAGUGGAUAGAUGACACAAUUAAAUAAUCAAAAACCCUAGACAGCUAGGUGUCUGUAUAGUGGUUAAAUGUUCCAGCAUCAUAAAAUCACAAAGUUCACGUUAAUCUUUAAAUUUCAAUUUUCAGUUGAUUCAUUUUCUGACUUACAGCUGAAUUAUUUGGGGAUUUAAGUUAUUGUGUACAUGUUAAUCUGUGAU